AUGUCUGCCGCCAACGAACCGUUUUACCUUCGAUACUACUCGGGCCAUAUGGGCCGUUUUGGACAUGAGUUUCUCGAGUUCGAUUUCCGAGUCGUAGGAGAUGGCCGAAGUGCCGUGGCACGAUAUGCAAACAACUCCAACUACCGAAACGAUAGUCUAAUUCGCAAAGAGAUGAGCGUCAGCUCUGUGAUCGUGGAGGAAAUUAAGCGCAUCAUCAAGACCAGCGAAAUUAUCAAGGAAGACGACGCCAAAUGGCCUCAGAAGAACAAGGAUGGCCGCCAGGAGCUUGAGAUCCGGCUUGGAAACGACCAUAUUUCAUUCGAGACGGCCAAGAUAGGAUCAUUGGUUGAUGUUACUGAAUCUGCGGAUCCCGAAGGCUUGCGAGUCUUCUAUUACCUUGUGCAAGACCUGAAGGCUUUGGUAUUCAGCCUAAUUGCCCUGCAUUUCAAGAUCAAGCCAAUCUAG